CUGAGGCCCGGAGAAAAGGCGGCGGCUCUGCCUCUGCAGCAGCAACCACAUCUCCGGCGGCGGCGGCGACUCCGGCGAUCCCCCGUCGGCUUCCUCUCUCCGUAGUCUCUCCGGCGGCGUCGGCAGGAGCUCCCCCCCUCCCCCCAUCACAUGGGGGCUUCCGAGUCUAUCCUCUCCAGGCCGCAGCAGCAGCGGCGGCCGCCGUGGGCGGACGAGAUCACGACGGUGUCCGAGGGCCGGCGCGACGCCGGGGACGGAGACCCCCUCCUCCACCGCAUCAAGUCCCUCACCAUCGCCCCGCCGCUGUUGAGCGGCCAGUCGGCGGCGAGCUCGGAGGCGGAGAGCAGCCUCACCGACAUCCUCGUCCGGAAGCCAUCCUCCUCCUCCGCCACCUCUGGCAACUUGAAUCCAAAUGUGAUGUUCGAGCUUUUCUCUCUGUACCGUGAAUGGCAAGAAGAGAAGGCCAAGAAAAUUAGUGAAACACAGGAAGAGAUAGAAAACAAGAUAGAAACAGCAGAUGCUUUGUCCAUUAAGCUUCUCCAGCGGUUCAAUUAUUCUGUUACUUCCAUGAGAUCAACCUCUCACAACCUUGCUGAAGUCCGUCCACUGCAGGUGGAAGUUGGUGAGUUGAAGGGCAGGUUAACCGAAGUAAUAAGUAACUGUGAUGCAUUGUGCAAGAGAAUUGCCGCUGAAGGUCCAGAAAGUCUGCGAUCGUCUGUUCAACCUUUCACCACUAGUAAAAUGGAGCCAAGAGAGAGCGAAACACUUGAUCUGAAAACACAGUCCUGAAUUGCACACAAUCUGUCUGAUACUCUGAUUGGUACGCCAUCAAAGGCAUCAGAAGGAACUACACUGACAUUUCCUAAUUCCAAAGGGUAGCUGCACCAUGCCCCCUGUGUAGUGUGUACCCUCUCUGUACAUCCAUACUAUGGCAGUAUGGUUAGACGUCAGAUCUUCUCAGCUCUUAUUGCAACAUUCGUCCAUCUUUUGUAAAGCUAAACUGUUCAUGUACACAGAUCUGUACAACCAAAUAUUAACAUCAGAAGUGCAUGAUUUAGGUUCAGUUGCUUGUCUUCACUGCAUAUAUACAGUAACAAGAGCGUGUGUCUGUCUGAUU